AUGUAUGUGAUGUCCCUUCCCAAGACAGCACAAGAAGAGCAAGCUGAGGAGGACAAGAGUCCCACACCCACAGCUACCACGGGGGCCCCACAUGCAGCAUGUUCCUCUGCGGAGAACGGUCCUUCUAGGGAGCUGGGAGGCUGCCUGCUGUCUGUGGGCGUGGAGGGUGGGGACUUUGAUCCUGACAGCUCUGAUCCAAGGCCACAGGCCAGGCUGGUUGGGAAGGGGGAGCAGGAAGGACCACCCUCACAGCUGAUUCCUCCUCUACCUCAGGUGUCCCGAUUCCAGGCUGCAAUCCUGUCACUGCUGCUUGUUCUGCACUGGGAACUUGGGGCAGGGAGCCCCACUCCUGACAAGGCCACCUGCAUCAUGAACCGCCCAUGUUCCAGCAACCUCAUGACCCAGGUCAAGAACCAACUGGAACAGCUCAACAGUAGUGCCAACCCCCUCUUUGUUGCCUAUCACAUGGCCCAGGGCGAGCCGUUCACCAAGUCUGUGGACAAGAUGUGCGGCGAAGACUUGAUGAGCUUCCCACCCUUCCACGCCAACAGUACUGAGAAGGACAAGCUGGUAGAGCUGUACCGUGUCAUGGCCUACUUUCACCUCUCCCUGGACGACAUCAUGCAGUGCCAGAAGACCCUCAACCCCAAAGAUCAGAACCUCCACAGACAGCUAAACUCCACGGUGGACACCGUUCAGGGGAUCCUCAGCAAUGUGCUCUGCCGCCUGUGCGACAACUACAACGUGAGACUGACCGACACGAUCAACGGCCUCAACACCUCGGAGGAGUACAUCUUCCAGAAGAAGAGGCUGGGCUGUCAGCUCCUGUUUAAAUACAAGCAGGUCAUUGCCGAGCUGGCCCAGGCCUUCUAGGCACAGGAUCUUGAAGUGUGCUGUGGAUCAAGGGAUCUUG